AUGUCCGGCACAGGCGACCAGUGGACGCCUUAUUUCGAGUUUCCAUUGGUUCUGAAAGCUCUCCCAGCGGGUGACGCAGACGAGGAAAUCAGCAUGCCGUGGUUCCACACCACCGACCAGAAAUUGAUGCAUUACAACAUGCACAAUUUCCUCGUCUCAAUUGUCGCCUAUGCUGUUGUGCCCGAACCAGACGUCCUCGAAAUCUGGAGAGGCGCAUUUGUUCAGCAUGCACUAGAUUCGAGAUCUGGGCAAGUAGACGACCAGUACAAUUCAAACCUCGGACAGGUAGCGUAUGACAACAUGACGCUUCACAAGUCGGACACCGAACUUCUGGCCUCGUUUGCCUUCAAAGAUGGGCCAUUCGCCCAGCGCGUUGUGUUUGCCAUCUCGUACCUAUCCAAUCAGGCGGGCGCUCCUGGUGCCCCUUGGGCCAUUCAUUGCGAUUCCUUUCAUUAUUAUCAAUGA